AUGAGCACCGCGGCUGCUCUUUCGCAGCUGUAUGCGCUCAAGAUGCUGCCUAUCCCUGAAAGUGAAGAAACGAAGUUGGAACUAGAUGAGCUUGGAAGAGCGAUAUCGAAGCAUAGCCAUAGAAGUGAUGAGGAGAAGUCUCCUUCUAUUCAAAACUACUUUGAUGAUCCAAAUCUUGACCUCGACGUCGACAGUGACUUUGCAUUCGAAGACGAAAGCCCUUAUCCAGAGGUGCGCUGCGCGGUCUCUAAUACGGAUGAUCCUCUCAUGCCAGUUUCGACUCUCCGCGCCUGGGUCCUUGGUCUUACGUGGUCGCUCAUUGUACCAGGCAUCAACCAAUUCUUCUUCUUCCGUUAUCCAUCCGUUGAGGUCACUGGAAUCGUCGCGCAACUUAUCACAUAUCCAAUAGGACGCGCGGCCGCCGCCUAUCUUCCAUGUUGGAACUUUUUUGGACUCGAACUCAAUCCGGGACCAUUCACGAUAAAGGAACAUGUGCUGAUAACAGCAACUGUGGGUCAAACAUCAGCUUAUGGUACCGAUAUCAUCGCUGUGCAGCGGGUUUUCUACAGUCAGAAUUAUAGCUUUCUGUACCAAUGGUUCCUGACCAUCUCUACACAACUCAUCGGCUUCUCCAUUGGUGGUAUCUCACGACAUAUUCUUGUCGAACCUCCGUCAAUGAUUUGGCCGACAAAUCUUGUCACCUGUGCACUAUUCAAUACCCUGCACUCGGAACAUUAUGCUGGAAUGGGAAACAGGGGAGGUCUCAGUCGGGAAAGGUACUUUUGGUUCGCUUUCACAGCGUCAUUUGUCUGGUAUUUUUUCCCUGGAUAUCUAUUCCAAGCUCUAUCAUAUUUCUCAUGGGUCACUUGGAUAUGGCCUCAAAGCCCAACCGUUGCUCAGCUUUUCGGAUAUGUAAAUGGACUGGGAUUUUCGGUCCUAACUUUUGACUGGUCGCAGAUUGCCUACAUUGGUUCUCCUCUUGCUACACCAUGGUGGGCACAAGCAAAUGUUAUUUCUGGCUUCUUACUGUUCAUAUAUGUCUGGAUGGGCCAAUGUAAACUCAUCGCUGAGAUGCAGUUCAAGAAUGUGUGGUAUGGAUUGCAUAUGCCAAUUUUGUCACGAUCAGCGUAUGAUAAUACAAUGCAAACAUACGACGUGCUUCGCAUUCUGAACCCUGAUUCCACGUUCAAUGCGACAAAGUAUGAUGAAUAUAGUCCUUUGUAUCUUUCUUUUGGCUCUUAUCUCUUUCGUUUCACAGCAACAUUGUCCCACUCGUUCUUGUUUUUUCGGAAACAAAUAUGGGUACACGCGCGACGGUCGAUUAGUGAACAAAGAGAUAUCCAUUCGCGGCUCAUGUCGCAAUACCCACAGGUUCCCGAAUGGUGGUAUCUUGUCAUUUUCAUUGUAUCAUUUCUCCUGGGUGUUCUGAGCAUCGAGCUAUGGCCGACCCAGAUGCCUGUAUGGGCGUUCUUUCUUGCACUGAUAAUAGCAUUCACAUAUGUCAUUCCCGUUGGAAUGAUUCAAGCCAUCACAAACCAGCAAGUUGCAUUGAAAUAUGCACUUCCUGGCCGGCCUAUCGCGACAAUGAUGUUCAAGACAUGGGGGUACAAUAGCAUGUCACAAGCGUUGACUUUCACAUCAGACCUAAAGUUGGCGCAUUACAUGAAAAUUCCACCGCGGCCAAUGUUCUUCGCUCAGGUAAUCUGUAGUAUGUGUGCAGCGACCGCGCAACUAGGCGUUCAGACAUGGUUAUUUGACCAUGUUUCAGACAUAUGCCAGUCAGGGCAAUUGGACAGGUUUACCUGUCAGAAUACGGAGGUGUUUGGCGUUGCAAGCAUUAUCGCGAGCGCUAUCGGACCAAAUCGAAUGUUCUCACAGGGCAUCCGGGUUCUAUUAGCCCUCUUGUUCUUCUUCCUAAUCGGAGCUCUCGCACCCAUAAUAUCAUGGCUGAUUGACAAGAAAUACCCGAAUUCUUUCUUCAAAUAUGUCAAUCCGGUGAUAUUCAACGGGACCCAGUUGCUUCCUCCUGCAACAGGAAUUAACUAUGUACCAUGGGCUAUUGUGGGCUUCAUCUUCCAAUAUCUUAUACGAAGACGAAACUUCCCUUGGUGGACAAAGUAUAAUUAUGUACUAUCUGCUGCGUUGGAUUCUGGGUUGGCAAUCUCCGUCAUUAUCAUAUAUUUCGCCUUGCAAUAUCCCAGGAACGGCACAAUAGGAAAAAACACGAUCUUAUCGUGGUGGGGUAACACGGUAUCCUUUACUGGUGCAGACGGGCGGGGUGUUCCUGUCAUACAGCUACCUGUGGGGGAAGUUUUUGGGUCAGUCAAAUUUCUGUUCGUCCUUCAAAGUUCCUGA